AGGACCUUUCUCGUCCAUGGGAUUUAAAGCCAGAAGGUUCUGCCACCAAACACCAGGCACGGCCUUCCCACUGGGAAAGGACAGUCACCAGAGGGAAGAGUCCGAAAGGAAGGCUUGGAUCUCUCACCGAGAGCAUCCAGAGAGAAGAACGGGAACCUUGGAUCCUCAACGCCACCCUACAGAAAUGCCUCCUCAGCUGCAAAACGGCCUCAACUUCUCCGCCAAAGUCAUCCAGGGAACCCUGGAUAGCCUGCCGGCGGCCGUGAGAGAGUUUGUAGAGCACAAUGUCAAGUUGUGCCAGCCUGACCACAUCCACAUCUGCGAUGGGUCCGAGCAGGAGAACCGGAAGCUGCUGGACCAAAUGGAGGAACAGGGGACCAUCAAGAGGCUGAAGAAAUAUGACAACUGCUGGUUGGCUCUCACUGACCCCAGGGAUGUGGCCAGAAUUGAAAGCAAGACGGUCAUCAUUACCCAAGAGCAAAGAGAUACGGUGCCCAUCCCCAAAAGUGGCCAAAGCCAACUGGGUCGCUGGAUGUCUGAGGAGGACUUCGAGAAAGCGUUCAAUGCCCGAUUUCCAGGGUGCAUGAAAGGUCGCACCAUGUACGUCAUCCCAUUCAGCAUGGGACCCCUGGGCUCGCCUCUGUCCAAGAUUGGCAUCGAGCUGUCAGAUUCGCCCUACGUGGUGGCCAGCAUGCGUAUCAUGACAAGAAUGGGCACUCCGGUCCUGGAAGCUCUGGGGGACGGGGAAUUCAUCAGGUGCCUCCAUUCCGUGGGGUGCCCUCUGCCUUUAAAAAAGCCUUUGGUUAACAACUGGGCCUGUAACCCAGAGCUGACGCUCAUCGCCCACCUGCCCGACCGCAGAGAAAUCAUCUCCUUCGGGAGUGGGUACGGCGGGAACUCGCUCCUCGGGAAGAAGUGCUUUGCCCUCAGGAUUGCCAGCCGGCUGGCCAAGGAGGAGGGGUGGCUGGCAGAGCACAUGCUGAUUCUGGGCAUCACCAACCCCGAGGGCCAGAAGAAAUACUUCGCGGCAGCGUUCCCCAGCGCCUGCGGGAAGACCAACCUGGCUAUGAUGAACCCCACCCUCCCAGGGUGGAAGAUAGAGUGUGUGGGGGACGACAUCGCCUGGAUGAAAUUUGACCAACAAGGUAACUUAAGGGCUAUCAACCCAGAAAAUGGAUUUUUUGGUGUCGCCCCUGGGACCUCGGUGAAGACAAACCCCAAUGCCAUCAAGACCAUCCAGAAGAACACCAUCUUCACCAACGUGGCUGAGACCAGUGAUGGGGGCGUCUACUGGGAAGGCAUCGACCAGCCGCUGGCCUCGGGCAUCACGCUCACUUCCUGGAAGAACAAGGAGUGGACCCCCGAGGAUGGGGAACCGUGUGCCCACCCGAACUCGCGGUUCUGCACUCCUGCCAGCCAGUGCCCCAUCAUCGACCCCGCCUGGGAGGCCCCCGAGGGGGUGCCCAUAGAAGGCAUCAUCUUCGGAGGGCGCCGGCCUGCGGGUGUCCCUCUCGUCUACGAAGCGCUCAGCUGGCAGCAUGGAGUGUUUGUGGGGGCGGCCAUGAGAUCGGAGGCCACGGCGGCUGCCGAACACAAAGGCAAAGUCAUCAUGCAUGACCCCUUUGCCAUGCGGCCUUUCUUUGGCUACAACUUCGGCAAAUACCUGGCCCACUGGCUCAGCAUGGCCCAGCGCCCGGCGGCCAAGCUGCCCAAGAUCUUCCAUGUCAACUGGUUCCGGAAGGACAAGGAAGGCAAAUUCCUGUGGCCCGGGUUUGGAGAGAACUCCAGGGUGCUGGAGUGGAUGUUCAACCGGGUCAAUGGGAAAGGCAGCGCCAAGCUCACGGCCAUCGGCUACAUCCCUGAGGAGGGGGCCCUGAAUCUGAAAGACCUGGGGCACGUCAACAUGAAGGAGCUCUUUGAUAUCUCCAAGGAGUUCUGGGAAAAGGAGGUGGAGGACAUCCAGACGUACCUGGAGGAGCAAGUGAACUCCGACCUGCCCUACGAAAUCGAGAGAGAGCUCUUGGCUCUGAAGCAGAGAGUCAGCCAGAUGUAAUCAGGCCCGGAGCUUCACCCUUAAAAUCACCCCGUUUCUGAUCUGUGUCGAUGCACUUACUGGGAGCAAGAGAGAGUAGAAGUUUCCUGAACUGACACCACCUGCAGCCCCACGACGACCACACCCUUGAGCAGAUCUGAACGACACACUUUAAUUGUUAGAUAAGACCCCAGAGUACAGGCUAGUAACUAACAAGAUUAGGAGGGGAAAUCGCAGUAUGUCUCCAAAAUUCACGAUCCAGUGCACAUGUAUUCAAUCUUAAGGACACUCAGGCAUUUAGUCUUUUUGUUUUUUUCACUUUAGCUAUAUCAGUUAGCUGGAAUGCACAGAAAAAGUACUUGAGCUGUAUAUAUGAGUAUGUGUGUGUGUGUGUG